AUGGGCUUCGCCGGCGUGGCUCUCAAGAGCGUUUCCUUCUUCCUACGCAUCAUCGAAUUCUGCUGCGCAGCCAUCAUUCUCGGCAUAUUUUCCUACUUCCUCGCCGUCCUGUCGAACCAUAGCCUAGGAAUCUCUACCUAUGUGAAAGCCGUAGAAGGCAUUUCAGGAGCGGGAGUCAUAUAUACCCUCUUGGCACUUGGUUUCGUCUGCUGUCUCGGUGGUAUUGCAUUCUUCUCGUUCCUCGGAAUGCUACUCGAUCUUGCCUUCACCGGUGCCUUCAUCUACAUUGCGUAUGCUACACGCCACGGCGCCAACAGCUGUUCCGGCAUCGUCAAUACACCGCUUGGAAUUGGAAACACGGCGACCGGUCAAAAAGUCUCCAAUGGAAGCGGUGGUUCUGUUCACCUGCCUAAGCUGCAUACAGCAUGCAAGCUCAACACUGCAGCAUUCGCCGUAUCCAUCAUCGCAGCCGUCUUCUUCUUCCUCUCCAUCUUCCUCGAACUCGCCCUCGCCCGCCACCACAAGCGCGAGAAAGCCUUCGGGCCCUCCCCCAACAACGGCUACACGGCCGGCUCGCCGAAACGCAAAUUCUGGCAGCGCAAGCCCAAGACCGCGGCCCGCGACGCUGAGUUUGGCGAGAAACCGGAUGCCUUGCCCGCGCACGUUACGCCGGCGGAUGCCACGCUUCGACAUAGCUAUGGGACCGAGAGCACGGCUGUGGGGACCGAACCUACGUAUAUGAAAUACGGAGCGCCGACUGCGGCGGGGGGUCUGAAUCAGAAUCAGAGUAGUGGUGUGGUUAACCAUGGGGGAUGGCAGACCACUACUUCGACGCAUGUUCCGGGGCAGGCGACGGAGUUGCCGGCGAGUAACCCUGCGAGGGCAUAUUGA